AUGGUUUUCAUCAUGUUGUCGUUGGCGUUAAUCUUCGAAAGCACAUGGGCAGGUAUCCUAAACAUGAACUGCACGGAAACAGUCGGUGGUGUCGUUAAGUACGCUCCCUCUGCGACGAACUGCAUGAACAAAAUGUCAGACGCCAAUUGUCUUAUACUCUACCAGACUGCAGUGAAAGCUGGUGGAACAGAUGACCGAAAUCAAAAUUGUGGAGGAAAUCCUCCAGAUCCUCAACUCGUUAAAGCGGCAAUCGAGAUCUGUCCACAGACAUGCGGCUUCUGCUGCCUCACACCCGCCUACUUUUGCAACAAUAAAGCACAGCCGCGAGUUCCAUGCUCUUCAGUAACUACGGCAAUGUGCACGAAUCCAGCUUGGAGAAGUAUUCUUGAGGAGGACUGCCCGAAGACGUGUGGUUUUUGUGAUCAAGGAGUAAUGCUCUUCAUUUUGCUGUUCUUAUCCCUGGCUUGUGACGACGUUCAAGCGGGAAUCACUGAUCUGAAUUGUACGAAUUUUGUCGAUGGAGUCUUUAAGUAUGCCGAAUCGGCCGUGAAUUGCCGUAAUAAAAUCUCAGACGCCAAUUGUCUCAUCCUCUACGAAGCUGCAGUGGAAUAUAACACGGAGAACGAGCGAAAUGCAAAGUGUGGAGGAAAUCCCCCAGAUCCUCAGUUGGUUCAGGCGGCUAUCGACACCUGUCCAAAGACAUAACCGCGAGUACCAUGCUCAUCUGUGACGGAAGAAAUGUGCGAGAGUCAGGCCUGGAAAACUAUUCUAACGGAGGAUUGCCCGAACGUAUGUGGUUUCUGUGAUUCAGGACAUGCGGACUAUGUAAUACCUCAUCGACUACAUCGAUUCCCUGGACUCAAGUUCCUGGAAUCUACCCAGGACCACAAGGUUCGAGUACCAUAUGUGGAUCAAACCAGAAUUGCCCGACCUGGGUUCAAAAUGGAUUUUGCCAAAGUUCGUUCUACACGAAUGCACAAAAAAUGCAAUAUUGCGGUCGAGAGUGCCAGCUGUGCUGAGGCAGGAUCGUUCUUUAAGUGA